GGGAGAGCAGCAAUCGGCGUCGGACUGCGGUGUGUCGCUGGAGCGGUCCUCCAUUAGGAACGGAGGCAUGUGGGCCCCGGGUGCGUUCAACCUCCUCGGGAGCCGGACGGCAGGCGUUUUAUUUCGUUCUCAGUUAAUCUGGAAUGGACAACUCCGAGCGAACCACUGGCAGUCUUCCCUCCUGGAACUGAGAACAGCUCUGCCCAUGAGAGCCGAGCCCCCGAGGAAGAAGAAAAGGGUAGAUCCAAAGAAGGACUACGCUCAAAGAGAAAGGCUGAAAAAGAAAAUCAGAAAAUUGGAAAGAGCAGCUCAAGAGUUGGUUCCUAUUGAAGACUUCAUCAUCCCAUUCAGAUUCAUGGAUGAAAAAAGGGUCCGAGAGCCUAAACCACUUUCCCUUGCAGAAAGCGAAAGACGAACUAAGGUUUUGAAACAGUGGGCCGCCUAUAAGCAACGACAGGACAUGGCCGAGAUGGACACCAUAAAACGUCUCGUGGCUGCCCAGGAACAAGCUUUAAGGGAAUUGCGCCUGGAGUCGGAAGAGCUGUAUCAGGCAGCCAUUCUGCGGGAUGAUUGCUUGUUCCCUUUCGACAGGCAAGAACCCCUGCACACCCCUCCGCAGGCUACGUAUGAAGCCCCUGAAGGAAAAUGCAACGAUCUCACAAGAACAUACACGUAUUGAUUUGGGGUUGUGGGAAGAGCAACACCACCAGCAAGCGUAAACGUGCUAAAUUAUGUUCUGCCUGACCCCUGGCUAGAUCUCAAGCACCCAUCCAGUGUAGCUGUUUGAUAAACCUACCAUUGAGACACAUAGAUCAUACAGGAGUCAGUG